AUGUCAAGGAAGACCUUCCCUUUGCUAAUCCAGGACACGUCUGACUCAGACAAUCAGCUUGCGCUGUUCGGUUUCCUGCAAGAUGUCCUUCAGGACUUGUCACAGGUGACGGGAGUAAGUGGCCUUUGGGGAGUGAGCCCUCGACAUGUGGAUCUCAGCUUCCCGAGCGCCUUCAACAGGGCCGUAGCUGGCAAUCGUCCAGAUUUCCGAGCUUUUGACCCCGUCAAGAACUUCCAUGAGGGCACUGGAAUGGUAGCGAGAGCAGAUCAGGAGAUGGAUCCUGAGCUCCUCAGCAGGGCACAGGAGGAUAGCAAUCUCAUUCUACGGAAUGAGAUCCGAAGAAUGUAUUCAGUGAUAAUGAUGGCAUUGGGCUUGGACCCGAUGCAUCAAUCCUCUUGGGAGCUGAUUCUCAGAUGUUUCCCUUGUUGCGUACUUCCGUUUCCGGAAGAGCAUCUCUUGUCUCACCAUUAUUUUGCCCGCGAAUUUCUUUUUGAUCGCGGGGAUCUAGAGGGCAACCACUUUGGCCAUCCACUGUCUGCCAAGACCUACAAUCGGAUCUUAAACGAGAUCGAUGGGGAGGUUGCAGUGGAUGCAAAUGGUGCAUACGACAGAAAGGCAGAUGUUUCGCAGGGCUUUGCGCAGAAGCGGCGACAACGGGCACGAAAGCUCGUACAAGAUGCUUUGGAGGGCUGGGUUUUGGCCCUGCCGAAGGUGGAGCUGCAUGUGCACUUGGAUGGUGCCUUCGAUCGGGCCUUGUUGUUUGAGCUGGCCAAGCGCAAAGUGGAGGACUUGCCUUUGGAGGUGGAGAGCGCUGCCACCGGGAAGGCCAUUCCACUGAGAGAGAUGGUGAGGGCGUGUGAGGGUGUCAAGGACUUCGAGAAGCUCAUCACCUGCCGAGGUCAAAGAUCUUUGAAGGCCAUGUUGGACUGCUUCAGCAGCUUCCUCCCCUGCGUGCGCGGGGACAUGGCUGCCGUGGAGGAGCUGAGCUACCGCUUUUGUGGGAGCCAAGCAGCUCAAGGCAUCGCAUAUACCGAGGUGCGCUAUUCGCCUCACCUGCUGCUGGACGGUGAGUACUUCUCGCAUGGAGGCUCUGACCCCGAGCCGGCCUUGGCUGCUGUGACUCGGGGCUUGCGCCGGGGAUGUGAGGAACAUCAGAUUGUGGUGAAUCAAAUUAUUUGUUGCAUCUCCUUCCAGCCCAAGUGGUCCUUGGCCAUCAUUGACCUGGCUGAGAAGUAUCGCUCUGCUUAUCCCUGUGCCGUGGUGGGUGUCGAUGUGGCAGCUGGCGAGGUCGGAGAUGACCCUGUUGGCCAUGCAGAGGCCUUUGCCCGGGCACAGGCCCUGAAGCUCCCCGUCACCCUCCAUGCUGGGGAGAUGGGCAACGCGUCCAACGUGCGCCAUGCCGUCUUUGACUUCGGGGCACGGAGGGUGGGACAUGGCUAUGCUGCGGCCGACCACGUGGAGCUGAUGAAAUCCCUCGUGGCUCGAGGAGCGCAUUUCGAGGUUUGCCCCACGUCCUCGCAGGAAACGGGCGCCUGGAGGCAUAGCGCCAGUAGCGAGGAAGAGCCACCAUGGCCGUCACACCCUCUUCGCAGCAUGCUGGAGGCCGGUGCCUCUGUGUCCAUCAAUUCAGAUGAUCCUUCAGUCUUCCUCACAACGCUUUCGGAGGAGUUCCUCCUGUGCAUGCGGAAGGUGGGCCUCUCACAGCACGAGGUGGUCCAAUUGACGCUGCAAGCGCUGGACGCCGCCUUUGCUCCGGCCGAUCGGCUGACCGUGCUGCGAGAAAGGAUCGAAGACUAUGCCAAGCAGACCUUGGGCUAA